AUGAAAAAUGUUCCAAUUUGUUCUGGCAAACGUCCAUCUUGAAUGCUUGCUUGUUAUUGGUCCACUUUUGACGCAUCUUACGCAUUGGGGAGGAGGAGCGUCAAGGGAAUAUUAGUUUACAAUGGCGGACAACAGAAAAUAUGACAGCGGAGCGCAGAAAAGAAGGAAGAGAAAAGAAAAAGAGCAUCGCGCCAAACAAAAUGCCUAAACUGACAGGCUUUUUUCAACCUGUUAGCGGAGAUGGAGCAGAAACAUCGUUAUCCCCGCUCCUCGAACCCUUAGCUAUGCUAACACCGGCACUAAGAUCCAGCCAGAACCUUUAACCGUGACUGAGUCGGUGGCUGGACUGGCGUCUGUGGAGUCAGAGUCGGUGGAAGCGGGAUUUUCUUCCGCAGAUGGAAAGACGACUGUGGAUCCGUCCAGUACCGAUCCGGCGCAUUGGGGGGAAAUUGACGAGUCCGUGCGAGCUUACUGGACUGAGCGAGGACCGGAGAGCUGUCAAAAUAUGAAUGUUGGCUUUCAAGCAUCAGGACGGGUGGACAAGCAUCAAAAGCGUCACUUCUCCAAAUCUCACUUUAAACGCAAGAUGUUAAAUGGAAGCUUGCUGUGCGUAUGUGUUGAUGGUGACAGCAGUCUACUGGGUGUCGGAGGCCGUCCCCCUGGGGGCCGCUGCCCUGGUCCCGGCAUUCCUCUAUCCUCUCUUUGGCGUUCUCAAGUCCAGCGAGGUAGCGGCAGAGUACUGUAAGGACACCACUCUGCUGCUGAUGGGAGUCAUCUGCCUGGCCGCCUCCAUAGAGAAAUGGAACCUGCACAAACGCAUCGCACUGCGCAUGGUGAUGAUCGCAGGGGCAAAACCUGGCAUGUUGGUGCUGGGCUUCAUGUGCUGCACGGUCUUCCUGUCAAUGUGGCUCAGCAACACGUCCACCACCGCCAUGGUGAUGCCCAUCGCUGAGGCCGUCCUGCAGCAGCUCAUCUGCACCGGCCUGGCCGACUCCCACCACGACUCGGAGACCGGCGACGCUCCAGAGGAGGACAGCGCUGUUUCAACCAAAGAGGAGAACCUGGACAAGAACCAGCUAGAGCUGCUCUAUCAAAAUGAACAGAACGAACGCUCCAAACAGGAUCUCAGUUCCUUCACCGAGGGUCAGGCGGGUGAGCUGAACGGUUUCGGUCUUCAGCCCGUCUUGAACAAGACUUUUGUUCGACAAACCAACGGACACCUGCCGCAGGUUGCCAUAGAGAUCCCAAACGUGAAGCGAGUGAGAGCCAGGAGAGACUCGCAGUACCCCACGAAGAGGGACCACAUGAUCUGCAAAUGCCUGUCGCUGAGCAUCACCUACGCAGCGACCAUCGGAGGACUGAUCACCAUCACCGGGACGUCCACCAACCUCAUCUUCGCCGAGCAGUUCAACACUCGCUAUCCGGAGGCGAAGGUGAUCAACUUCGGCACCUGGUUCAUCUUCAGCUUCCCCAUAGCCAUCAUCAUGCUGGUCCUCACCUGGCUCUGGCUGCACUUCCUCUUCCUUGGCUGCAACUUCAGAGAGACGUGUUCGCUGAGUAAGAAACGCAAAACCAGGAGAGAAACGAUGUCUGAGCAGCGGAUCCAGGAGGAGUACGCCAAGCUGGGCCCCAUCAGCUACCCCGAGGUGGUGACGGGGAUUUUCUUCAUCCUGAUGACUCUGCUGUGGUUCACCAGAGAGCCCGGCUUCGUGCCCGGCUGGACGUCGCUCUUUGAGAAGAAGGGCUACAGGACCGAUGCAACCGUGUCUGUCCUCCUGGGCUUCCUGCUCUUCCUCAUCCCCGCCAGACGUCCCUUCUCAUCAUCCUCACCCAGCUGCAGUAACUCGGAAGACAGUUCAGAUCCCGACCCUCUCGCCCCCAUGAUCACUUGGAAAGAUUUCCAGAGGCUGAUGCCGUGGGAGAUCGUGAUCCUGGUCGGAGGAGGAUACGCGCUCGCGGCCGGCUGCAAGGUGUCGGGCCUGUCUGUGUGGAUCGGCAGGCAGCUGGAGCCCAUGAGCGGCCUUCCGCCCUGGGCCGUCACCCUGCUGGCCUGCCUCCUGGUGUCGGCGGUCACAGAGUUUGCCUCCAACCCAGCAACUCUUACAGUCUUCCUGCCCAUCCUGUCAGCUCUGUCGGAGACCCUGCUCAUCAACCCCCUCCACACUCUGAUCCCGUCCACCAUGUGCGUGUCAUUUGGGGUCAUGCUUCCAGUGGGGAACCCCCCCAACGCCAUCGUCUUCAGUUACGGCCACGUGAAGAUCAGCGACAUGGUGAAAGCAGGGUUUGGAGUGAACCUGAUCGGCGUGGCGGUGGUUAUGUUAGCCAUCACCACUUGGGGCGUCCCGCUUUUCAACCUGACCGAGUUCCCCGCCUGGGCAGUGGCCAGAAACGUCACCGGAGGCUUAUAACCAACGCCGAGCUAAGAUUCAACGUUCAACUGUUAGCCUAAGCUAACGUUAAUGGGUCUACAAGGCAUCAUCUGUGUCUGGUGUACAGCCAAUAGAAAGGAGUUGAGGCAGGGGGUAAAAUUAGAAAAGAAGAGUUUUUAUGAUGAAGACAGAAAAAAACAAAAAACAUGACGGAGUCAAAAGGAUCGUCUUCCCCAGAAAGAGACUGAGAGAACCGGCCUUACGGAAAGAAAGACGAGAAAAUGGCGGAAAGCUAGCUUAGCUAGAAUAUUAGCUUCAGUUUAAGUUGGCCAUAUUGUGGUCACUCUGGGGGAAAACCGAACUUCAACAAAUUAACUUUACCUCCUUUGCUACAAAUACACUGAUUCUUUCAAUGAAGCAAUACAAAUUAGAAAGCUAAUUGAGGCAAAUGAAGAGCUCAUAUUGUAUUGAUAUUUCAAAUAUACAACAGAACUGAGAGGUUUUAUUGUCUUUUUUUAUGGGUUUUUUUUUUUUACAAAUUCACCAUGAAUAAAAUGUCUUAAUGUAUUCUUUGUACUCUUGUAGUAAACGUUACAAUAGAAAUAAGCUAACUAGCCACUUGUUAGAAACCUCUUUUAUGCUUUACCUAGAUGUGCAUGGUAGCGUAGCGCACUGGUCAACUGGUUAAAGCGAGGUUUCUACUGUGGCUGUACUGUAUCAAUACACUCACUGAUUAAAACAGUAAAGAGGAAGAACCCAGAAGAAACUGGUGUAAUACUGUGGCGGGUAUGUAAUUAGUUUGACUUUUACACUCUGGUACAUCUAGAAGAGAACAUAAUUUGUACGCAAAAGCUGAUGGGGCUGCAGGCAGUGGGGCAGAACGUUCAACUGUUAGCUUAAGCUAAGGUUAAUGGGUCUACAAGGCAUCAUCUGUGUCUGGUGUACAGAUGUAACUAAAGCAACAGUUUUUACCUUGACGAAAUUAUGAUGCAGGCUAGUUAAGUCUGAACUGACAACACGCCAGCAUUCUGAUUCAUGUGUUUUUACAACUAAAGAAGGUACUGCAAGCUCUUUAACGAGGUUAAAAUCUUUUUUCUUUUUAAAGUUCGGAAUUAAUUAUUUGUUGGCCUUUCAUUGUGAAGAUCUUCAAGAACUUCUGUCUUAGCUGUAUUGAGAUUUUUAACUUCAAACAGUCCUGCUACUAGCAGUACUGCAGCUGCAAUGCUAGCAAAUAUAUCUGAGAAGCUAGCCACAAGUUUAACAGACUAAAUUAACACCGAUGAUUUCAAACACUCAACUCAAAAUGACCUAAGCUGCUGGAGAGUGAGGCUAACUAUGAAGUUUAAAAGAAAAAACAACCUACAUAAAAUAUUAAGCAUUUGGUGCUCUUUUGUAGUCCAAAUGUACUGAGAGUUGGAGAUGCUGCUUUCGAUGGUUAAUCCAAAAACCUGGAGCUGUUAUUAUUGGACUUAACCUUCAGAAAUUGUACUACAUUUUUUUGCAUUCCUACUCCAGUGAUCUUCACUCACCAUCGCUCAGAUUGUGAUGCUGCCACUUAUCCACUCAGGGCCCUGCAACCUGAGGCUCUGGAGUCAAAAGUGGUUAUUUGGACCUUCCACAAUGGCUUUUAAUACUUUGGGUAAAAAUAAUAAAGAAACAACUUUUUAAUUUAAA